UGAUCGGCUCAGUCUCAGCAAACUGUAUCUUUAGAGAAGAAUGUAAAUUACAGCUUGCAAGGAGCAUUCAUUUGUAACAUCUCCUGCUUUGAAGGCACCCUCACUUUGUGUCUCGUGUCUAAAUCGUAGGCGAUGGAUCAUCUAAUUAAUGAUAUUAUCUAAUUAAUUAUGUCUGACUCUGAUCAGAUUUACUUACCAGGGUUAUGUUUAUUUCAUGUGCUGUAACGUAGGAAGUGAAUAUUUUGGCAGUGAGCGCCCGUGCGCGCGCGCGCGCACACACACACACACACACACACACACACACAGAAACCUGUGUGUAGCUGCAGUGAUCAAGUGAGUCGGGUCCUGAGGCCACUCCAGCAAUCUUUUCUACAAUUCAUGUGAAACACGUACCGCAAGACAAAGCGUCUGACAGUUGGGAGGGUGGUUCUGUAGUCCUAGGAAUCCAGAGUGAAUUAAAGUCUAGACUCGGUCAUUUUUCAGGGGAAAAGGGAGGAGGGAGAAGUCGCAGAUCAGAUAUGCCCGAAGUGUUACAGAGAGAACACGGAGGCCAGGAUGCUGCUGCUGGUUUGAGCGCUGGAAGGGAGGCAAUAAUGGCAGAGCAGCAGCGGGGGGAGCCGUGCGCUCAGAAGCAGUAACAUAAACAGCAUCAGGAGUAGGGCCUCCUCUUGUAAAAAGCAGGAUACUGCAGGCUUGUGAAAGGCAAGAUUCUCUGAUGUCUGACAGUCUCCUGAGUGGAGAAUGGCUACUGUAAAAAUGUUGCCAAGAAACUCUACCGAUCCGGACGGUCAUAACUGUGUGGUAGGAAUAGUUACCUCAGGAAAAUAAAUUUUACUUUUGGCCGAUUUUCUGGUCUGUAGACAACUCCCUGAAGAAGAUCUCAAAUUACCCGAAAAAAAAAAAAAAGGAAAGAAAAGAAAAGAAAAGAAAAACAGGGACAACAAAGUUUUGGCAUGCUUGCAAGGACCCGUGGUGUUUUUUAGAAACUACCUAGGAAGGCAGAAGCUAAGUGUUGAUUUGCCCAUGCCUCUUACCUGGGAGCACAAGGUGGGAAGAAAUGGACAGUGGCUGUGAUGAGACGAGGAGGCACAGUGCAGCUCGGUGAAGCCACACGCUGACUGCGUUCCGCACCGCUCUUCAUGCAGUGCUGUGGGCUGGUGCAUCGGCGGCGAGUACGGGUGUCCUAUGGUUCGGCAGACUCCUACACCAGCCGUCCGUCCGACUCAGAUGUUUCUUUGGAGGAAGAUCGGGAGGCGGUACGCAGGGAAGCAGAGCGACAGGCCCAGGCCCAGUUGGAAAAAGCAAAGACAAAGCCCGUUGCAUUUGCUGUUCGGACAAAUGUCAGCUAUAGUGCAGCCCACGAAGAUGAUGUUCCAGUGCCAGGCAUGGCCAUCUCCUUCGAAGCAAAAGAUUUUCUGCAUGUUAAGGAAAAAUUUAACAAUGACUGGUGGAUAGGGCGAUUGGUUAAAGAAGGCUGUGAAAUCGGAUUCAUUCCAAGCCCAGUCAAACUAGAAAAUAUGAGACUACAGCAUGAACAGAGAGCCAAGCAAGGGAAAUUCUACUCCAGUAAAUCAGGAGGAAAUUCAUCAUCCAGUUUGGGUGACAUAGUACCUAGUUCCAGAAAAUCUACACCUCCAUCGUCCGCUAUAGACAUAGAUGCUACUGGCUUAGAUGCAGAAGAAAAUGAUAUUCCAGCAAACCACCGCUCCCCUAAACCCAGUGCAAACAGUGUAACGUCACCCCACUCCAAAGAGAAAAGAAUGCCCUUCUUUAAGAAGACAGAGCACACUCCUCCUUAUGACGUGGUACCUUCCAUGCGACCCGUGGUCUUGGUGGGCCCAUCUCUGAAGGGCUAUGAGGUCACAGAUAUGAUGCAAAAAGCAUUGUUUGAUUUUUUAAAACACAGAUUUGAAGGGCGGAUAUCCAUCACAAGGGUCACGGCUGACAUCUCGCUCGCCAAGCGCUCAGUGUUAAACAAUCCCAGCAAGCAUGCAAUAAUAGAAAGAUCUAACACAAGGUCAAGCUUAGCGGAAGUUCAGAGUGAAAUCGAAAGGAUUUUUGAACUUGCAAGAACAUUGCAACUGGUAGUCCUUGACGCAGAUACUAUUAAUCAUCCAGCUCAACUUAGUAAAACUUCCUUGGCCCCCAUUAUAGUAUACGUAAAGAUUUCUUCUCCUAAGGUUUUACAAAGGUUAAUAAAAUCUCGAGGGAAAUCUCAAGCCAAACACCUCAAUGUCCAGAUGGUAGCAGCAGACAAACUGGCUCAGUGUCCUCCGGAGCUGUUUGAUGUGAUCCUGGACGAGAACCAGCUGGAGGAUGCUUGUGAGCACCUUGCCGACUAUCUGGAGGCCUACUGGAAGGCCACCCACCCCCCCAGCAGCCAUCUCCCCAACCCUCUCCUUAGCCGGACUUUAGCUACUUCGACUCUGCCUACUAGCCCCACUCAAGCCUCUAAUUCACAGGGUUCUCAAGGAGAUCCGAGGACUGCGCGCUCUGCUCCUGCCCGUUCCGCCUCCCAAGCUGAAGAAGAGCCCUGCCUGGAACCCGUCAAGAAACCCCACCACCGUUCUUCGUCCUCCGCCCAGCACCACAGCCAUCGUGGUGGCACGAGUCGAGGCCUCUCCAGGCAGGAGACGUUUGACUCGGAAACCCAGGAGAGUCGAGACUCUGCCUACGUGGAGCCGAAGGAAGACUACCCCCCCGAACAGGGGGACCACUACGCCCCACACCGCGACCACAACCACAGAGAGGAGCCCCACGGGAGCAGCGAGCACAGACACAGGGAAGCUCGACACCGUGCCAGGGACCUGGAUCGAGAGCAGGACCACGGCGAGUGCAACAAACAGCGCGGCCGGCAUAAAUCCAAGGAUCGCUACUGUGACAAGGAUGGAGAAGGCGUAGCCCGGAAACGGAACGAGGCUGGGGAGUGGAGCAGGGAUGUUUACAUCCGCCAGUGACUUCUGCCCUCUUGUGUGUUUGUUCUUUUUUUUUUUAAGUCUUGUAUGACACCAUCCUCAGACUAAAUCUCUGGGGUCUACAUUGCAGUCAGAUGUGAUCUGUCUUGUAUACUCUGUAUUGCUGUUGCUUGAAUAGCAAUAGCAUGAUUGAUAAGGAGUAUUAAUAUACCUUUUUUUUUUCCUUUUGCAAGUGCUACGUAAGUUGGCCUCGUAUGGCUGCAGUGCUCCGGUUGUAUACUGGACUUUUCAAAAACUGUUUGGGAUAGCUGCCACUUGAACAAAAUCUGUUGCCACCCCGGUGGCUUUAGUAUUUUAAGAAACAUAGUUGAUGUUUUCAAAAAUGUACUUAAUGUAUCCAGCAAGCCAGAAUUGGCCCAGAUAAAAGUGGAAUUUCCUGAUUCUCCAGAUUUUUAAUAUGUAGGCACCAGAUCUGCAUACUCAUUUAUCCAUGGACCACUGUUUCUUGCUUGUACCUCUGGCUGACUAAAUUUGGGGACAGAUUCAGUCUUGCCUUACACAAAGGGGAUCAUAAAGUUAGAAUCUAUUUUCUAUGUACUAGUACUGUGUACUGUAUAGUUUGUAAAUGUUAUUUCUGCAAACACCUUCUUAUGAUAAUUAUAUAUAUAAUAUAUAAAUAUAUAUAUAUAUCAGUUUGAUCACACUAUUUUAGAGUCUUAAUGCCAAGUCAGCAGAUUUGCUUUAUGAAUUACAGGGACUAGAGAUGCCCACCUUCAGGAAAUUUGUUAUAUCGUCUAGACACCUACCCCCAUUCUCGUAGAAAGUCUGUACAUACUGUAAAUACGCGUGAUUGCUUGACUUGAAAAGGUUUGAUUUCUGAAUGUUUUACCAUCCUUGUAAGUUUAUAACUUUGACCAUAAAUUAUGGUAAAUAUAACCAAACUCCAAAGGUUGUUCUAAUCCAUGCAGUUCACACUGAUUGUGACAAACACGUCCUGAGUAGUUAGUGUCUUAUGUCGCUGCACUGGACUUGACGAGCCGGACCUCUCUGUGUGCAAGUGCGUCUGUGUGUAAGAGCGGUACGAGUGUGCACGAGUGACUGAGAUGGACCCGAGUGCUGAAGACUCGAGACUGAUGACCUAGAAUUCUACCCACCUGGCUUUGUAUUUAAUUGUGUUACGUGUCGCUUUAAAAAUAAUCCGUUGAGCAGUCAGGGAAUGUGAGGAAGCUCGCUGCCAAAGGUGACUAGGAAGGCAUCCAUGUGCUGGCUCCUUGUGUUUGCUCCUAGAGUAAGAACACAGGCAACUUUUAACUGUGAGUGUUUCACUGGAAAUGUACAAUCUUUGUGUGUUUGAGUAUUUGUUUUAGUAAGAAAUGUUUACACAGCUUGUAGAAUUAUUUCGUGGGAAAAUAAAUUUUUCUACCUUCUCCCACCUCCUUUUCUAAACCUUGCCUAUCGUUCCUGUGGUCUAUCUCCCCCAGAUUUACCCUUCAUUCUGUUCCUUACCACCAACUCCAACACGUCAAUGUCCGUCAAAACCCAGAAGUGCUUCUUACAACCAAAGUUUCUGCUCUUCAGAAGUAAUCAGGGCAAAAUGAGGGGACUUGAAGUGAACAAAACAUUAAGAAUAUCUUCUUAUGUUAGACACCUGCUCUGAAGGGGAGCCCGGAAGAUGCUGUUCUCCACGCCUCAAAGAUAGCACUGUCAGCAGCUCACAGUGUGGUUGCCACGCUAAGGCUAAAACCUUCUCCGUGUCACUUAUGUGUCCAUUUUGUCCAGUUAUGACUGGACAGGUAAGACAGUAUUAGGUGUGCAAGUACCUAGCACCUGAAGUUUGUCCCUGGAAAAGGCCCAUCUAUAAUUGCCUAACUUCAGAUCUACACAUUGUAAAAUUAUUAUUAAGUCGGUUCAUCUAGUUUUGUUCUGCUUCUUUGAUUAUUCCAGGUUCUUGCCAAAUAUUCUUGGAGCUUUAUAUGUAAAACUUUCACAUUUAACUCCUUAUUUCCCUCCCUGCACAGAAAAACGCAGUUUUACAAAUGAGUUACACUUUAAGGGUUUUACCCGCAAAUGGAAGAAACAUUUUCCUCAGAAUUAAUCUUUUUGUUAAUUAGCUCUGUACUGUUGACAAAUUUAUUUACUGAAGAUAAAAAUGGUAGAUGUAAACAUUUUUGAUGUAAAAUAUUCGUAUCAUUGGGAAACCAUAUUCCAGUUACAGUUACCUGUGUAAAAUAUUUCUGAACUUUCAUCCCAAUUAAUGACUUUGGAAUAUUUAAAUUCUUGAAAUAUAACUGGUAUUUAUCUUACUUGCUGCUACCACUAAUCUUUCAACGAGUCAUGCCAACAGAUUCCGGUUUUAAAAUUUGUAUCUGGAUUCUUAAUUUUUCACUUACUGUGAAACAUAGUAGUCCAAAUCAGAGUAUUCCUCAAAAAAAAUAUAUUGCAGGAUUUGACAUGAACAUCUAUAUGUGUGUAAACAGUGUGUUCUAAAUUUGUAAAUGAAGAAAUAAUCCCAAGGGCAAUGGGAGAUUUACUGAUUUGUGGAAUGUAAAAUUAGUCUCUUCACUCAGCAAAGGCUUAAUCUUAACCUACUCAGUUGUAGAAUCAUGAUCUUUGUAGUCGACCUAGAAAAUGCUGGAAAUGUCCUUAAUAGUUCUGUGUUUUAUUGUCAAAUCCGUUUCAGUUCUUCCUAUGCUCUUUCUCUACUGCUCAUUUAAGUUACUGUUACAAAAAGGUGCUGCUAAAUGUAGGAUGUCUUAGUCAUACUGUACUUUGGGACAAUGCCACAUUUUUAACAUGGUCUGCUAUGCAUUCCUGUUAAACAUUCACUGUCAGCUACACUGAACUGUUCAACAAAUCUGGUUUAAAGUCAUUCAUACAAAACAAAUAAAGAGCUGGCUUUCUGCACUGUUUA